UUUUUUGGUUCAAAGUUCACACGCAUUUACAGCUUGCAAAUUAACAAUCUGGUCGAAAGAAAACGAAUAAAAUGGACUUCAGGGAACUUAAGAAUCUCCUUACAGAUAGAAAAAUACUUAUGCUGGCUGGAGCAGCAAGUUUAACUGCAGUUGGUUUGGGACUUGGGUAUAAAUACUUACUAAAGCCAGAGAAAGUUACCCGUGUCGGAAUUGUGUCACAGCUUCUCAUUCACCCACUUAAAUCGGGAAAAGCUGUAUCCGUGGCCUUAGCAGAAUGUCAAGAGAUAGGCCUGAAGUAUGGAGCUCUUAAAGAUCGGCACUGGCUGGUGGUGACGGAGGAUGGUCAGAUGGUGACGGGCAGACAGCAGCCGCGCUUGGUCCUGGUGGCUUUGACUGUGGAAGGAGAACAUGUGUGUCUGAACGCCCCGGACAUGGAGCCGCUGACGUUCCCUGUCACACAGCCAGACAACGCCAUCAAGGACUGCAGAGUGUUCAGUGUGGACAUUCAAGGCAGAGACUGUGGUGAGGAGGUCUCCAGCUGGCUCACUCGGUACCUGGCUGCAGAGAAGGCUGUUCGAAUGGUGCACUUUGAACCCCAAAUGAAGCCCAGGAAACCAGGAGAGAAAGAGCCUCUCUUCCCUCAACAAACAAAGGUUGCGUACCCCGACCUGGGGCCGAUCAUGCUGUUGUCUGAGUCGUCAGUGAACGACCUCAGCAGCAGACUGGACAGCAAAGUAACGGUGGGCAGGUUCCGACCCAGUGUAGUCAUCAGCGGAUGUGAAGCAUUCGAUGAGGAUUCCUGGGAUGACAUCCAGAUUGGCAAAGUCCGACUGCAUCGUGUAAUGGCCUGUGGAAGGUGCAUUUUCACUACUGUGGACCCAGAGACCGGAGUGAUAAGCAGGAAGGAACCACUGGACACUCUUAAAAGCUACCGCCAGUGCAAGCCGGAUGAGAGAAGCAUUUACAAAACGUCUCCCCUCUUUGGACAGAUGUACACGGUCAGGAAGACUGGCAUCAUGCAAGUGGGAGAUGCUGUGUAUAAGAUCAGUCGCUGAGAUGGUCACCUCACUUUGGAGGUUUGAUGAAUGAGAACAAGGAUUUGUCAGUUAACGCAAGCAGUCAUUUAAUCACUUUAAUUGAGGAGUAACGGAAAGGAUCAACUAACAUUGGAGCUUUUGGGAAUGUUUUAGGGAAACAUUAGGAUGAGCUAAGAUUAGGAAAAUGUAUAAAUAAUAAUGAAAUUGUGAAGAAAUGGUGUUGUACUCAUGUGUUUGGAGGUGUAUUGUGUUGUUUUCACCCAGCUAAAAGGAGAAGGGAUGUUGGUCAUGGUAAAGUCAACAGGUAACAGGUUGUCAACAGGUAACUGUUGACACUCAACAGGUAAAGAGAAGAUAUCUAUUUUAAUUCAGUGCAAGUAACCCAAACAAAAAACUUUCAGUUCACUUUUCCCGGGGGGUUCAGUUUUGGAGUCUUGUCUCAUUCUCAUGAUAUUAUAUGUUGUCUUCAGGGCGUCAGACUCAUUGACUCGUCUGUCUGACUAGAGGAGUCUGUCACAAUGCAGCUGCAGUUCUAUUUUCUGUCCACCAGGGGAAGUAUAGCAUUGCUGGAGAUUUCUCCUAACCAAUGGUUUGUCAGGCCAUUUGAAAAUGGAAAAAUGUCAGCCCCUCUCUCAAUAAAUGUGAUCUGAUCUUCUUUCUAUA